UUUUUAAGCAUACAUGUGUAAAACUAUAAUCCAUGUAUGGUUAAAAGUGUAUAAAAGUGCUGCUCGCAUACUAUGUUUUAAUUCAUACUACCCUAUAGUAAAGACAUUGGUUUUUUUUGAGGUUGUCCCGGUCUUCCACCUUGCUGUGUGUCAGAAAUGAGGCGCCUAUUUGAGAAAAUGGAAGCAACAGCUCAGCAGAUGUCGACGAAACAUCACCAAAGCUUUAAUAGCCGAGUGAUGCCUAACCAAAGCUCUUUUGAGAUCUCCUGUUUUCAUAGAAUCAUGUGGUUUCAUUCCAUGCCUCACUCGAGUCGUCGACCCACUCAGUACUUUUGAGGGCCCACAUCCUCUCACUCGAAGACCACCGUGCGAACACCUCAGACGAUCUACUGCGCUGUCACCCGUUUCAAGCCAUUCUGUCCCAAGCGAAAGACUUAACGUGUGGCGCACUUGUGCUCGGAUCUUUUUUUAAUUUAAAUACGUUAUUGCAACAAGUUCAAAAGCAUUUUUUUCCCUUUAGUGUGAAAAAGCUUUGUUUUCCCUUUCUUGUGAUAAUGUACAAUUUAUUCAUUCUUCAUGUUGAUGUCACAACUACAUUUUUCAUCCUUAAGUCUUACUGUGUUUUUUGGUGUUGUAGGUCUUCUCUAAAGCUGGGUUAGUAGGACUCCACUGAGCUGGAGGUUACACACCUGAGACCACACCACUGCAAGCUGCUGCUAUGUCACAACUUGUGUGUGUGUAUGCGCGCAUUCGUGCGUGUGUGUGUGAGUGACUGACUGUCUUUUUAGCUUUGUGAUGUUUCACUCCUUCAGGAUUUUUUUCUCUAUUGAAUUAUUUACAUUUUCUUUACAUAAUUUGUCCGUCUGAGGACACAUUAGGUACAGUAGCACAAUAUGAUCUUUUUUUUUUUUUAAAUAUCCUAAGAGGAUCCUCUGCAGUGGACAUCUUUUUGUCUUGUUUUAAUUUUUAUCUUAGACUUAGACAAACUUUAUUAAUCCCAAAGGGAAAUUAUUCAAACUGUUUGAACAAUGUCCCUUAUGGAUUAAUGACAUAUGUCUGAGUCUUAUCAGUUCCAUUUUUUUUUUUUGCUGACACGUUUUCUUCUAAUAAGCAAGCAAGAAAUUAUAUAAACAUUGUAAACUAAAACGUUUUUCAAAUGAACUUAAUGCGCAAAUUUUGCUGUCUUUCACAGCCCUUUCUGAUACGUGGUGUGUGUGUGUGUGUGUGUGUGUGUGUGUGUGUGUGUGUGUCACAGCAGGGUGUUACCAUGACAACCGAAGGCCCCGGCACGUUGGACCCUCCCAUCAUCUCAAGAGUGAUAGGCAGCAGGAAAACAAAUGAUCAGCCGCUGCUCCUCAAACUCCACUCAAGAGCCACCGAGAUGCCAAGCCUCGCACCUGAAGCCACCCUGCUGGCUUGGAGCUUUCUGGUGGCAUCGCUCUGGACAUCAGGUUCUGCACAGGUCCUGCAAGACACCAAUUCCAAAAGAGUCUACCCACAGCUGCUCAGUGCACAGGCCAUUAACUGUGACUGCGCCAACAUGUCCUGCGCCACCGCCCACUGGUUCCGCACUCUUUUCAGCUCUAACCAAGUCCAAUACCUGGGCAGGAUCAACAGUGCCGAGCGUAUUUUUCACGGGGACAACUUGGACCCAGGAAAGUUCCAAUUCAGCAGAAAGAGGAACGAAGAAGGCUUCACGCUGAACGUGGUCAAGGUGUCCCAAGACGACGCCGGAACUUAUUCCUGUGUUUUGACUAACAAGAGAAACCAGGAAAUGUGGCAGGCUGGUGUUCUUCUUCUCCCAGGAGUGAGCCCUCCAACUUUAGCACCUGCCAGUACACCUGUGACUCCGGACUGCAGCUGCACCUCCCAAGGUCUUUGCGACCAGCUGAUCUUCUGGUCGCUAGCUGGACUCACCAGCGUGUUGACGCUAACACUGGUCUUCACUCUCUACUAUUUCAGCCGACUGCCAAGAAAAUGUCGACACCACUUUGUGAAGAAGAGGUAGAAGACAUGUGCCACAUUACUGUAUGUAAUAUUUAUAAAUCUUCAUGCAUCUGUGCAGCCUUUUCUCCAGACAAUUAUUUGUUGGAGAAAGAUUUGUAGAAAGGGACGCUCACUUCAAAUAUAAGAACAUGUUUUGUAGAACCGCUUUACUUUCUAAUAGUGUGUGACUUUUCAAAGUCUCCUGCUUGUCUUGUCAUGUCAGUCAGAUGUCUGCUUGUCCUGUGACAUCUGUUGCAAUGCAUUCUGGGACUUCAUGUACAACAAGCAGGGUUACAGUGUUCAACAUGUACUGGAGCAGCACAACAUGUAUGGAGGACUGUAAAUAUUGUAAUACAGGUGGAGCUAAAACAAUUAAUAUCAUGCAAAAGUUCAUUGAUGCCAGCAUUUCAACUUCAAAUGUGAAAAUAUUAACCAGGACUCUCCAAACUGGAGGAAAUGAAGGCUAAAACAAAUGGUCAAGUGUGUGUGUGUGUGUGUGUGUGCAUAUAUAUACAUAUACAUAUAUAUGUACAUGCAUACAUGUAUGUAUAUAUAUACCGGUGUAUGUAUAUAUAUGUAUAUAUAUACAUAUAUAUAUAGAUAUAUAUAUAUACAGUGGUGGACAAAAGUGUAAGUACACCUGUAAAGAACAUCAUGUCAUGGCUGUCUUGAGUUUCCAAUACUUUCUACAACUGUUAUAUUUUUGUGAUGUAGUGGUUGGAGCACAUACUUGUUGGUCACAAAAAUAUUCAUGAAGUUUGCUUCUUUUAUGAAUUUAUUAUGGCUCCACUGAAAAUGUGAGGGUCAAAAGUAUACAUACAGCAAUGUUCAUAUUUGCUUCCAUGUCCCUUGGCAAGUUUACCUGCAAUAAGGUGCUUUUGGUAGCCAUCCACAAGCUUCUGCUUACAUUUUUCACCACAAAAUUGCUGCAGUUCAGCUAAAUGUGUGACAUGGACUUGUUUCUUCAGCAUUGUCCACAUGUUUAAGUCAGGACUUUGGGAAGGCCAUUCUAAAACCUUCAUUCUAGCCCGAUUUAGCCAUUCCUUGACCACUUUUGAGGUGUGUUUGGGGUCAUUGUCCUGUUGGAACACCCAACUGUGCCCAAGACCCAACCUCCCCCCUGAUGAUUUAGGUAGGUUGUCCUGAACAAUUUGGAGGUCAUUGUCCCAUUUACUCUCUGUAAAGCAGCAAAACAGUCCCAGAGCAUAAUACUAACACCACCAUGCUUGAUGGUAGGAAUGGUGUUCCUGGGAUUAAAGGCCUCACCUUUUCUCCUCCAAACAUAUUGUUGGCUAUUGUGGCCAAACAGCUCACUUUUAUGUUUCAUCUGACCACCAGACUUUCCUCCAGAAGGUCUUAUCUGUGUUCUUGUGAUGUUUUAGCCUUAAAGUUGUGUCGUCAAUCAGAAAUACCAAGCAGCUUAAGUGCGCCAAACAAGUGUGGAAAGUGUUUAGCAUUUUUCCCAUCAUGCAUUGCAGUGGCUUUAAGUGGGUGUCAUUUUGAAUGAUGUGUAGGGUUUGGACAUGUUUUAUAACAUCCACAAAGUGGAGUGAACAGGUGUGCUGACUUCCUGUCUUUGCUUGCAGUUUGCACCACGAGUGGCAAGGUUGCUUGUACUGGGUCAUAUAAGUAAAUGCUGUGUGUACUUUAAGGAAAAAAUUCCCUGUCAUUGACCUGAUUUGCCCAGCGGCUAAGAGUCUUUACCAAACUGUUGAUGUCUUGUGUGCUGUGAGGAUGCUGGUUGGACAUCCUGUAAUAAACUACUAUGUUUGCUACCUACAAGCUCAGGGAAAUAUUUAUUUAUUGUCAUCUUCAUCAUCAUCACGCUUUGGGGACGGCGUGGCCAAGUUGGUAGAGUGGCUGUGCCAGCAAUCUGAGGGUUCCUGGUUCAAUCCCCACCUUCUACCAUCCUAGUCACGCCUGUUGUGUCCUUGGGCAAGACACCUCACCCUUGCUCCUGAUGGGUCCUGGGUAGCGCCUUGCAUGGCAGCUCCCGCCAACAGUGUGUGAAUGGGUGAAUGUGGAAAUAGUGUCAAAGCGCUUUGGGCUCCUUAAAAAGGGUUAGAAAGGGGCUAUACAAGUACAUUUACACUUUUUGAAAACUUCAAAGUUUCCAUUCAAGGUUUUUAAAAGCUGUAAGUCAUAAUCAUCAAAAUUAUACUUGCUUGAAAUACUUUGAGUUGUAUAUUAUUUCUGUUUUAUUACUUUCACUUUAUACAUCUAAUUGCUAGUAAAACAAACUUUUGCAUGAUAUUCAACUUAUUUGUAGUUUUACCUGUAGAUGUCUUUUGAAUAGACUGCAAAGACAAGAUAUUUUAUCUUCACACUGAGAAACUUUGUUCUUUUUUGCAAAUAUUAGCUCACUUGGAAUUUGAUGCCUGCAACAUGUUUCAAAAAAGCUGGCACAAGUGGCAAAAAAGAGUGAGAAAGUUGAGGAAUGUUCUUAUUUGGAACAUACCGCAGGUGAACAGGCUAAUUGGGAACAGGUGGGUGCCAUGAUUGGCUAUAAAAGCAGCUUCCAUGAAAUGCUCACUCAUUCACAAACAAGGACGGGGCGAGGGUCACCACUUUGUCACAGUGGUAAACAUGUAACACAGUGGUAAACAUGUAACACGGUGGUAAACAUGUAACACAGUGGUAAACAUGUAACACGGUGGUAAACAUGUAACACACUGGUAAACAUGUAACACACUGGUAAACAUGUAGCACACUGGUAAACAUGUAACACACUGGUAAACAUGUAACACAGUGGUAAACAUGUAACACACUGGCAAACAUGUAACACAGUGGUAAACAUGUAACACACUGGUAAACAUGUAACACACUGGUAAACAUGUAACACACUGGUAAACAUGUAACACAAUGGUAAACAUGUAACACAUUGGUAAACAUGUAACACACUGGUAAACAUGUAACACGGUGGUAAACAUGUAACACGGUGGUAAAAAUGUAACACAGUGGUAAACAUGUAACACAGUGGUAAACAUGUAACACAGUGGUAAACAUGUAACACAGUGGUAAACAUGUAAUACGGUGGUAAACAUGUAACACGGUGGUAAACAUGUAACACAGUGGUAAACAUGUAACACACUGGUAAACAUGUAACACAGUGGUAAACAUGUAACAAAGUGGUAAACAUGUAACACGGUGGUAAACAUGUAACACGGUGGUAAACAUGUAACACUGUGGUAAACAUGUAACACGGUGGUAAACAUGUAACACAGUGGUAAACAUGUAACCCAGUGGUAAACAUGUAACACGGUGGUGAACAUGUAACACGGUGGUAAACAUGUAACACACUGGUAAACAUGUAACACACUGGUAAACAUGUAACACAGUGGUAAACAUGUAACACAGUGGUAAACAUGUAACACAGUGGUAAACAUGUAACACACUGGUAAACAUGUAACACAGUGGUAAACAUGUAACACACUGGUAAACAUGUAACGCACAGGUAAACAUGUAACACACUGGUAAACAUGUAACACACUGGUAAACAUGUAACCCAGUGGUAAAUAUGUAACACACUGGUAAACAUGUAACACACUGGUAAACAUGUAACACAGUGGUAAACAUGUAACACACAGGUAAACAUGUAACACAGUGGUAAACAUGUAACACAGUGGUAAACAUGUAACACACAGGUAAACAUGUAACACAGUGGUAAACAUGUAACACAGUGGUAAACAUGUAACACACUGGUAAACAUGUAACACAGUGGUAAACAUGUAACACAGUGGUAAACAUGUAACACACUGGUAAACAUGUAACACAGUGGUAAACAUGUAACACAGUGGUACACAUGUAACACACUGGUAAACAUGUAACACAGUGGUAAACAUGUAACACAGUGGUAAACAUGUAACACACUGGUAAACAUGUAACACAGUGGUAAACAUGUAACACAGUGGUAAACAUGUAACACAGUGGUAGACAUGUAACGCAGUGGUAAACAUGUAACACACUGGUAAACAUGUAACACGGUGGUAAACAUGUAACACAGUGGUAAACAUGUAACACACUGGUAAACAUGUAACACAGUGGUAAACAUGUAACACAGUGGUAAACAUGUAACACAGUGGUAAACAUGUAACACAGUGGUAAACAUGUAACACACUGGUAAACAUGUAACACAGUGGUAAACAUGUAACACAGUGGUAAACAUAUAACACACUGGUAAACAUGUAACACAGUGGUAAACAUGUAACACAGUGGUAAACAUGUAACACAGUGGUAAACAUGUAACACAGUGGUAAACAUGUAACACAGUGGUAAACAUGUAACACACUGGUAAACAUGUAACACAGUGGUAAACAUGUAACACACUGGUAAACAUGUAACACAGUGGUAAACAUGUAACACAGUGGUAAACAUGUAACACACUGGUAAACAUGUAACACACUGGUAAACAUGUGUUGCUGCCAUUACAUUCCAACUUCAUGAUUAUUUGCAUUAAAAUCCAGUUUGUCAGUGUGAACAGUAAAUAUUAUGUCUUUGCAGUCUAUUCUAUUGAAUAUAUUUGUUGUAUUCUCUUUUGAUACAGCAGGGGCGGUAUAGCUCGGUUGUUAGAGUGGCCGUGCCAGCAACUUGAGGGUUGCAGGUUCGAUUCCCGCUUCUGCCAUUGUAGUUACUGCAGUUGUGUCCUUGGGCAAGACACUUUACCCACCUGCUCCCAGUGCCACCCACACUGGUUUAAAUGUAACUUAGAUAUGUAAAGCGCUUUGAGUCACUUGAGAAAAGCGCUAUAUAAAUAUAAUUCACUUCACUUCACAGUUACACAAGCUGACAACUUCACUGUGUUGGGUGUUGUAGAUGUAGAUUAAAAACCCACUUUCAAUGUC